GAGAAAACAGGAACAUGUGAGAGGCAGGAGCGGACUGGCACAUGGGAUGCUCGCCUUGCGCAAGUGCUAAUGCUCCAGGGACGUCAUUAAGAGGGCAACAUCAACCCAACAGCAAGAUGGAGGCCUCUAAAGAAAAGAUUGUCUUGAAUGUCGGAGGCCGCAGAUAUGAAACUUACUCCAGCACCCUCAAAACCUUCCCAGGGACCAAGCUGUGCCAGCUGACAGAGCCCCAGGCCCAGGCUGUAUCUGACUAUGACCCUAACACCAAUGAGUUUUUCUUUGAUAGAAGCGCAAAACUGUUUGGCGAUGUGCUCAAUUACUACAGGACCAGACACCUCCACUGUCCUGCAGGUGUCUGUAGGGCCCUCUGGGAGGAGGAGCUGGCCUUCUGGGGAAUCCCUGAGGCACAGCUGGCCCCCUGCUGCUGGGUGAAGCUGAGCCACACAGAAGGCCUGCAGGAGGACUUGGACCUCAGGGGCAACAAGGACGAUACCAAUGAAGACAGCCUGACUCUCCUGGGCCAGGGAGAAAGGAGGGAUUACCACUGGUGGGCUCGGUGGCAGCCCAAAAUGUGGGCUCUCUUUGAAAAGCCCUAUUCCUCUGCAGGGGCCAUGUGCUUGAUGGUAGUUUCCCUCCUGUUCAAUCUUGGCAUCCUCAUCCUCUUUUUUGUGGAACCAACAACAUACAUUGAAUUUGACCAUUAUAACACCACCAGAGAUUACAACAUCUUCCACGUUGCUCUGAAGCCCUCUCUCCAAAAGGCUAUCAGCUUGCUAUAUGUAGAGCUUUUCUGCAUCCUCUGGUUCACAUUUGAGUUUUUUAUGCGACUCACAUUCUGCCCAGAUAAAAAGAAAUUCCUCACAAACCUUCUGAAUGUGACCGAUUUCCUUUCCCUGUUCCCGGUUUAUACUGAGCUCUUCUUAGCCACCCAUAUCAAUGAAAUGCUGGACAUCUUAUCCUGGCUGGGUUUCUUCCGUGUGCUCUACAUAGUCAAACUCUUGAAGAUCUUCAAACUCCUGGAGACCCCCCUGAUGUUGAAAGUGCUGCCCUUCACAUUCCGGUCCAUCUUGAAAGAGGUCUUCAUCCUCAUGAUGAUUUUUACCUUUGAGAUCCUUUUCUUCGGUGCCCUCUGUUAUCAUGCGGAACUCCAGGAACCAGAGACACAGUUUGAUGGAAUGAUCUCUUCCUUUUAUUGGGCAGCGAUUACGCUGACCACUGUUGGCUAUGGAGAUAUAGUUGUCGUCUCUUCAUUUGGCAAAGUAAUUGCAUGCUGUGCAGCAAUUUGUGGCAUAUUGACCAUCAUCUUUCCCCUCCCAAUCUUUUUGAUCAAGUUCCAGGGUUAUUAUGCCACUGCUGUAAUGAAGGAGAAGAUGAAAAGCAACAAGAGGAACCAUUAAGAGAGCAGCAAAGCAACAUCUUUCCUGCUUUUUAUAGGACGAGGAAAACCCUUCUGAAGUGCUUAUGCUACCACAGCACAGAAGCUUUAGCUUAGCUGAUGCAAGUUGUAUUGUACCACCUUAAGAGGUAGUGCCGCUGCACCUUUUUCUCCUAACAACAGAUGAACAUAAUGAAAGUGAAGCAGAAACGGAGAGACGGGGCAUUCUGGGGCCUCUUGGAGUGUGAGUCACUAGGCAAACCGAAGGAGUUGUGUCCGUCAGAACCAGCGUUUCUUGGGCAAAAGGACUAUUAAUGUUGGGCAAAAGGUGAUAAGGUUAUAUUCCCCUUUAUCAGCACAUGCAGUUUUGCUUUAACUAGCUAGGUUUAUUACUUUGGAGAGCAAGACAUACUUUCCCAGGCCAAUGUAAGCAGGUUGGUUGUAUCUUCCAUGGCUGAAGAAGACCCACAGCAAAAACCUGUCAUCUCUCAGCUCUCCGAAGCUGUCUCUGGCCCCCUGCCAGCAGAUGCAGCCUGGAAGCCGAGGAGCAGAGCUUUGGCUGACUCCGUACUGGAAAGCCGGCGGGGGGAGACUUGGCUCUCUACUGCAAGAGCCUUGAAGGAAUACGGAUACAAUGGCAGAAGAUUAUUUAUGAGGGAGGGGGGUAAGCUGCAUACUUCUAGGAGCUACUUAAUUUUUUUCUAAAGCUUUGGAAAUUGUAGCUUUGUGAGUGGGACCAGUCACAAAAUGGCAGCGUAUACAAAAAUAAUAGCUGUCAGAGCUAGAUGAUUUUAAAGGAUUGUUAGGAAUUCAUAUGAUUGUUACACUGAAGCAACAAAAAAAAAUACGGCCAGAUUGCAGCUCAUAGCUUUAUCCACGAACAACACUGUAAUCGGGGUCUAGCAUUUCACGAUGUGCUGCGUUAGGGUUUCUUAUUGUGUGCUCUGCGGACAUGGGUGGAACUGACAGCACAUUUUGGAGACGUGCAUGUAAAAAUCCUCACAUCCAUCGUUUUGCACCAAAGCAGCAGUAGGGAUCAUUGCAUCUGCGAUUCUUAGUAUGUGGUCUGUGGACAUUGAGUUGAUCUGUGGCUUGAUGGAGGAUGGAGAGACAUUCUGUAAAAAGACAGGAUCCAUGAAGAUCUGUGCAGAUACAACUUUUUCUAUUUAAAAAAUUGCAAAAGGUUGAGUGUGGGGAAUACUUAAUGCCCCUUCCCUAAGAGUAAAGGUUCUCCUGUCAUGGCCUCCUUUCCAAGACAGAUAAAGAGGAGAAAAGCUGCUUGGGUCACUUUAAAGGGAAGGAUAAAAAAGUGGCCACAGCAGCAACCUGGACUUGCCUGGUGAAUGGGUGGCUGGGCACUCACGUCCUGCCCAUCCCUGUUUUAUGAUACAGGCUGGUCUUAUCCUAGUCAAAGCAUUUUCUGCUUAAACAUGCCAUUUUGCACCUUAAUACUGAAUGUACGUAACAGAAUAUAAAUUCUGUAAUUUAACAUUGCUGUUAUUGACAAGUGAUAGAGUCAGCCAGUUAGCCUUUAUUAUAGCACUCACAAGCCAUACUGAAGCAGAAAACACACUGUUAUUGUACUGAUUUCCUAAAAUGAUACCUCUAUAGGCAUCAUCAUCAACUUAGUACAUCUAACAAUUUAAGGGUUAGAAUCUGAGUAAAUUAUACACAGGACAUUAUCUCAGCCUGUAUUUUCAGGCAAUGGAAACUUGGGUACAUAGACAGUCAUUCUUUGGUCAACUCCCACCAAUAAAAUUUUGAGUCUUCUGCUCAGAAAAUAGUUUUAUAUCAGCCAACACAGGUUCCAGUAAAUUCAGGCAUGCUUGGACAUAAAAUCUGCAGUGAAAUAACACGCGAGCCAGUAAUUGAAUCAAGUCAUCAGAAUGGGGGGGGGGGGGAAUCUACAAAUUGAUGGAAUGUUAUUUAUGUUGCUGCCAUCAGUGCAGAGAGUGGCAUGUUAACAGAGCAAUCCCAAACAAGGUUACACCAGUCUAAGCCUACUGAAAGAGCCCAUUGAAAGAGUAAGGAUUGCAGGAUUCGUUUUCGUUUUCUCAGCUAUGUCGGACGCUCCUCUCAGCAGGUCUGAGAGGAAGCGCCCGAGCACCCUGACCGGGAGGCUGAUCUGCGAAGAUUAGCCCCCAAGACUCCCAGGCGGGGAGGCAGGGUCCGGGACGCUGUGGAAAGAACCCCCCGAAAAUCAAUGUGGGGGGUAAAUUGCCCGUUUGUCCCUAUGGAGGCCGGCAGAUGUGCGCGGCGUCUCGAGUGCUGCUGGGCUAUGGAAAACGGCAAAGAACAGAACUAGGCGGAAGCCUGCAAGUAAGCGAAUCCCUUCUGUUAUUACAAGCGUACGCGAAGGAGUGGUGGGAUCUGAAGCUAAGAAGGCUCGUUCUUCCCCUUCGCUGAGUUUCAGAAUUUGGGCUGGCGGUCCCCCCCCUAAAAUGGCAGCGAAAAAACAAAGUCCCGCUCUGGGUAAGUCAAUCUCGACUAUCCUGAAGGGAGAAUCGCUCGAGGAACUGGUGCGCAGGGCGGUUGUUGAAGCCAUAAAACCCUUUGUUGACAAGCUGAACGAAACAGAUCAAAGGGUGGGCUUUAUUGAAAGCGAAGUGAAAACCAUUAAGGAAGCAGCGGGGGGGCAGAGAAGGCUGCCCGGGAAAGUGCGUCACUCGUGAAGGCUACGAAAAAAGAGUUAAAGCUGGUGGAGAACCAGCUGAUCGGGCUACAAGUGGAACGAACGCAGACAAUUUUGCGCCUCCAGAACGUGAAAGAGGAGGAAAAUGAGGAUUUAUGGGGUCUGGUCUCGGAACUACUGGCGACACCCGCGAGGACAACUAAAGAAGAGGUUAAAAGCGCCAUUUUGGAAGUCCGCCGGGCUUCUUCAAAAUAUGCAACGAAGCGUCAGCUGCCUCGCGAGAUCAUCAUCGAUUUUUCAUGUAAAAGGAUCCGAGACACCGUCCUAUACCAUACAAUGCGGAUUUGGACUUUUUGGGUAACAAAGUUAAGAUACUGAAGGACGUUCCAUUUUUAGUUCGGAAAAGACGUUUUAAGUAUAAAAAGCUCGCAGCUCUUCUGAGGGAACGUGGAAUAAAGUACAAAUGGUUAUUUCCGGAAGGAAUCUGGUUUAGUUACAAAGAUCGAACCUAUAAGAUACUAUCAGAAGAUCAACUAAGGGAUUUUGAGGAUAAAAAUUCGGAAUUUCAGUGUACCAAGCAAGAAGAAAGGGAGAAGUCUGAGGAGGGGGGGGGAGGAAACGAGCACUGCGGCAGCAGUUGCUCAGAGAGAAUUGCGUCCGGGACCCAGGAGGGGGAGGAAAACUUAAUUUGAAUUUGAUUGUAAUUUGUAUCCUGUAUGAUCAACCACUCCAUCAUUACUCUAUUAAGCUAUUUCUUUACUAUGGCAGUAUGAAGGGAAAGCAUUGAAGUGUAGUGUUUAGUGUUUAGUGUUUAGUGUUUGUAGGUUACCCUCCCCCUUUUUUCCCACCCUUCCUUUUUCUUUCUUCUCCCCUCUUUUCCUUCCCUUGUGUUAUUGUAAUCUUUUGUAGUUACUGUUAUUGUAUGUUAGGUAUUGAAAAAUAAAAAAAUUUCAAAAAAAAAAAGAAAGAGUAAGGAUUGCACUGUAAAUCUAGCUAGUGUAAAAGCACGGCAGUAUCUUGGAACAGUUAAUAUUGAUCAGGGCUUUUUUUCUGGGAAAAGAGGUGGCAGA